GCAAUUCUUCGACAGGGCAGUUCCGACAGCAACCCCGGUUUUCCGUAGAUCAUCCAAUCCAGCGGAGUCAGGCUACGGAAGAGCGAUGACUCUCCAAGGGGAGGAGGCCCAAGGGGGGUCUCCAGGGGGGGUGCGGCGAUGAUUAAAGUUGGCCGCAUUCCCCCAAUCUUCUAGAAUCUAUACCCAAAAACCAGCGAUCUCGAAAGUCCAUCACGAUGAAGCAAGCCACCGCCACCACAACAAGCUACGGAGCCAUCGGCAGCAGCGAUGCGGCCGAGGCGCCCAAGAGCACAUUCGCGCAGGCCCUCGCGCUAUACCUUCCCAUCCUCCUCCCGCGCAACAAGGAGAAGUACACAGACGACUUCGCAGACGAGCCAGUGCGCGUGCCGUCGCCCGCCGCGCUCGAGAAGGCCCCAGAAAACAUCUACUACCUCGCCUACGGCUCCAAUCUCUGCGCCGAGACGUUCCGCGGCCGCCGCCAGAUCCGCCCCGUGUCCGCGCACAACGUCCGCGUGCCUACGCUCGCACUGUCCUUCGACCUCCCCGGGAUCGCAUACCUCGAGCCCUGCUUUGCAAAUGUCGUCGUCGUCGAGACCGCCGGCGAGGGGAGGACCCUGUUGACGCCGCCUGGUGGUGGCCUGAUUGGUGUUGUCUACGAGGUCACCCCCGAGGACUUUGCGACGAUUAUUGCGACCGAGGGCGGCGGCGCCGCGUACCAGGACUUCGUCGUCGAGGCGUUCAAGAUCGAUGGGGGGGAGAAGCUGGCGGUUCACACGCUGCUGGCGCCGCAGGAGGAGGAGAGGUCGAGUCAUGCCCAGCCGAGUAGACGGUAUCUGGAUCUCAUUCGCGCCGGCGCGAAGGAGCAUGGCCUGCCAAAGGAGUAUAGAGAGUGGUUGGCGGAGUUGAAGGAGUAUCGCAGGACGACUUGGAGACAGAGCGUUGGUGCGGUGGUGUGGGCUAUCAUGUGGAUGCCGCUCAUGGUGUUGGUCAUGAGCAUGACGAAGGUGUUCGCCAAGGACAACGGACGGGCACCCGGGUGGAUGAUCACAGUACAGAAGGUGCUGUUUAAGGUUAUGUGGAAUUGUUACGAUUUGGGGUUCAAAACAUUAUUUGGAAAUGGCGAGAGAACGGAGGAGGACAGUUGAUUAUAAUUAGAGGGAGAAGUGAUGUUGUCUGUUAACGAUACCCAUUGUACAUUAAUAGAAGGUUCUGAUAUCCUGAUUGGUUUCUCGGGAGUCUGCAUGUCUGAACGACCGGAGAAUAUACACAUAUGCUACACAAAUGUCUUACCUG